CUCAAAUGACUUAGUAUUAAGUAUCUAUCUUAUUAUCAUAUGGAUAAAAUUUUUGAAAUACGGAACUUGUACUGGAAGAUAUUUACCUUCUCCACGUGUCUUAAAAUCUUACUUAUCCCUUCAUACAAGUCCACAGAUUUUGAAGUCCAUCGCAACUGGCUGGCAAUAACUAACUCGUUGCCUAUUAAAGAAUGGUAUACCAAUGCCAACUCAAUAUGGACAUUAGAUUAUCCACCCUUUUUUGCUUGGUUUGAGUAUAUUUUAUCAUUUUUCGCACAAUAUGUAGACCCAGAAAUGGUCAAAAUUGAUAACCUUAAUCAUGAUAAUGAUGCAACUUUGAUUUUCUUAAGAUUUUCUGUUAUUAUAAGUGAUAUUAUUUAUGCUCUCGGAGUUAAAAGAUGUUUAGAUAAAAUUUAUCAUAAUUUAACGCCUAUUACCAGAGAGGUCGAAAAACAGAAUAAAUAUACGGCUAAUCUAGUCCUACCAUUAUUACUUUUAUGUAAUUUUGGGCUUUUUAUAGUGGAUCAUAUUCAUUUUCAAUACAACGGAUUUCUUUUUGGCAUUUUAUUCUUCUCAUUUUCUUAUAUUAUCCAGGGGCGAUAUUACAUGGGAGCAUUUUUGUUCAUGGUCCUACUUAAUUUCAAACAUAUUUUCAUAUAUUCGGCUCCGGGGUAUGCCAUAUUCUAUCUUAAAUGGAUACUUCAAGACGAUAAACACCAUAACUCAAAAAAACAUCAAAGUUCAACCCUGGAAUAUUACUAUCUUCCUCACUCAAAAUCCAUCCCCAGUUAUGCCGGAUUCCACCAGAUAACUUACCCAGUCGCGGAUAAAAUGAACGUUUUAGAUGUGAAUGUAGUGCAAAGGUACAGAAACGUAGCUGCCAUAAAUUCGCCGCCUAACAACCAAAUCCCGAAUGGGAACGAGAUUUGGCAAAACAAUAGCGAUGUCUCUAACAAUAAAAUUUCGAACCCGCCCACUUUUAACGCCAUUUUGAAAAGCGCUUUCAAGAAAAUUUGCUUACUUUUGGUCAUAGCUAUACUCACUUUUGGCCUAUCAUUUGGUCCUUUCAUCUAUCUGAAUGAAUUUGGUCAAGUCCUUCAACGUAUGUUUCCUUUCGGUCGUGGUCUCAAACACGAAUAUUGGGCUCCUAACAUAUGGGCCCUCUACGCGUUUGCCGACAAAAUAUUGGGAUUUUAUUCGCCCACUUCUCUAGACACUUCCAACGAUCGCGGUGUCCAAGAUAAAAACGCUCACAGAUUUUUACCCGAGAUAACUCCGUUACCCUCUUUAGCUUUGAGCAUCUCCAUCUUACUCCUACCUUCCGUGGUCACCUUGCUGAUCAGGUUAAAGCGGAAAUCAAAUCAACCGUCAACCAAAAAUCCCGAAAAUUUUCGCGCUCUCCCCAAGCUUUUGUUGUACAACGUCGCCUAUUCAUCCGGCGCCGUAUUUUUGGCAGGCUGGCACGUUCACGAAAAGGCCGCCUUACUGAUAACGUUACCGCUAAUGAUGGGACUUUGUUUAGAGACCUGUCAAAUUCAACAACUAAGCAAAGACCCCUCUUCUCUUGUCACUUCCUUCACCCCAACCCUAAACCAAAACUUUGUAUCCCUCGUCGCUCUCGUCUGCUUGUCCUCCCAUUUUUCCCUUUUGCCUCUCUUACCUUCGGGGGGAGCCGACACUCUGACAGCCAUUUUGCUUUUUAUCGUGUACCAUUCCGCCGGAUGCGCCAUCUUAAAUAACAGUGGAAGAAGAAAAUGGAGUAACAGGGAAGUAGUGGUAGGACUGUUUUGGCGCGGCUUUAUGAUCAUGUAUCUCGGCGUUUUUAUUUUCGAAAAAUGGGGUCACAUUUAUCCACGUUACGAUUACGUAGAACGAUUUCCGUUCCUGCCGUUAGCCCUAAUCAGCGCAUAUUGUGGGACGGGCAUGGUAAUAGCUAUGGUUUGGCUGGGUACGGAUCUGAUUGCACUCCAAAUAACUCCGCCCGGAACGAGCGGCCACAUUACGGACAAAGUUAGCGGCGAAAGUUAUACUCAUCUUAUGCACGAGGAAAAUGAGAGUUACAAGCUCAAAUGAAACCCCGUUAUAAUAGUGCGCACAAAAUUGAACGUUUCAAAUGCAGCGUUUCAAAAAACGCAUUGUUUUGUUUUAAACGCACUAUAGUCCAAAUAGUCGGUAAAUUUGCCUUAUUAUAUAUGCUUGUCAAAAAGUGAUUAAUUUUUAAUAUUAUAUAAUUAUUCCAAUCUAUUCUCGAUCGUAAUCAUUUAAUUUGAGUUUUUACCGUUUUAUUUCUCCCGUGAUUCGUCAAUUUUUUUUUUGAUUUUAAUAGCGCAUUUAUUAUCUUUCCAAUAUAAAUUUAUUAUUAUAUAAAUUAAAAUUUAUUUUGAUAAGCUCAUUAUUUUAAUGAAUUUUAUGUACAAUUAAAUUUUCGCGAACCAAUAUUU